AUGGUUUACACACUUUUAGAACAUUUGAGUGAUGAAUUGUUAAUUUCUGUGUUUGAAUACCUGGAUGCAAUUCAUUUAUAUCAUGCUUUCUCUGACUUAAACACACGUUUCAAUCACAUCUUAAAUGAUUCAUUACUACGCUUAUAUUUUGAUUCAAAUAGCGUUCGCGACUGUCGUGAUCGCUGUGUAUUCAAUCGAAUUAAUCAACAUCAAAUAAUAUCAUUAACUAUAACGAGUGGACCAUUUUUAGCAUAUUUAAAAUUUCAUAUUUCAACAUUCAUUAAUUUACAAUCCAUUUUCUUCAAUAGCACUAAUCAUUCUCAAGAUUUUCUCUCAGAAUUAGAAUCCCUGGGUAAGCUUCGAACACUCGUAGUGCAAAACACACUCAAUGAAUGCGAAUUUGUUAGAAGAAUCGUGUUUGAGAAUGAACUACCACAACUGAGAAAAUUUGUUUACAUUCCCAAAGUUCAACAUUACUCUGUUGAACAUGUAUGUCUCAACGAUACAACUAGAAACCGAAGUAAUAAUUUAGAACAUAUGACAAUUCGAAAUGUUCAUUCGUCAAACCUCGCUGGUUUUCUUCGAAAAUCGUCAAAUUUAAAAUAUUUAAACGUUUCAAUAUCUGAUACACUUGAAACAGGAGUUUUAUCAUCAAAAUUAAUAUAUUUAAACAUUAAUCUUUUUCGUACAACCUAUGAUAAUUUAUAUCAACUACUAUACUUAUCACCAUUGCUUAACUUAAAACAAUUUGAAUUAUCUGGUUAUGGUUAUGAUCAGAAACUGUUAAACGGUGAGAAAUUGCGAUAUUUAGUUUCAUCCUUGCCAUCGUUAAGGAUAUUUAACGUCGAUAUGAAGAUAAAUACAACUCCAUCGCUUGAAAUUAAAAUAGCAACAUUUGAAAAUGAGAAAAUAUAUUGGAAAAAUCUGAAAUGGUAUAUCGAGGGAAUGUAUGCUACUUUGAGAGCUGAACUCUUUUAA